UUGCUCAAUCCCGAGGACACACUCACACGCAUCGGCUUCGCAACAACAGCACACCACGCUCAGGAAGUUGCACCAAGCGGCAGGAAAGCUGAGGAGAGGAAGUACCGAGCAGUAAACCCUGGAAAAAACUACCGUAAACAACCGUGACCACACAAGCGUGACCACGUGACUGAGCCAGGAGGACCGCGCGAGGACAGGUAUGGCCCCUCUCACAGACGCCCUAAGACUGCUCCUCCUCUGCUGUCUGCUCGGACUGGGCUCCGCCUCCGUACACGAUGACUGUAAGAACUACAACCUGCAGUUCGAGCGCAUCUUUUCUGUCCCUGGAGACGUGGCCAUGCUCAACAGCACUCUGCUCUCCCCCUCCGUCUUCAACCUAUCAGCCGAGCCCUUCAAUGUCACAUGGUACGGGCCGGACUCCAACCAGCCAAUCAGCAAUCAGAGUGGGCGGGUCCUGGUUAUGGCGGAGACUCUAUGGUUUUUGAAUGUCACCCUUGAGGACGCUGGAGACUAUUUUACUGUGGUCAGUACCCCUGGGAGGUGCUACCGGCAGCAGACUAAGCUGGUGGUGCAGAGACCCCUCUCUUUGUGUGGACGUCCCAACACAGCAGGACAGAGGCUGACCAAGAGAGUGACCGACCGGCUGUCCUGUCCCCUAAACGACUACAUCCACAAACUCACCCACUAUGGCCUCAGCUAUGCCAUCACAUGGUACAAGGGCUGUGAGCGGAUCGUGGAUGGCCAGGGCAGGUUUCACUAUUGGGAGACGUACCUGAAGGUGGAGGGGGUGGAGUCAGAUGACCAGGGCCUGUACACCUGCACCCUGACCUUCAACCUGGGUGGGGUUAGCGGGACCGUGUCUGAGACCAUCGACGCCGAGGUCACAGGUGAUUACUGUCUACAUCCUCAAAUACAUGAACCAGCCAACGAUGUGCUGAAAGCAGAGCUAGGAGCUAACCUGACCAAGCGCUGCCUGGUGUACGUGCCCUGUGAAGGAAAGCCUGUGCUGGACGUGGACAUGUAUUGGCUGAUCCAGAAUGAGUUCAUACUGGAUGACCCCUCUGAGCGUGUCUACACGACACCCCAGCGGACAGUGCAGUCUCAGGACGGGAAUGUAUGGAUAGAGAGGUGGCUCAUCAUCUCAGAACUGAAGGAGGAUGACUUCAACCAGAACUACACCUGCAGAGCCUGGAGUGGCCGAGGAAGCCCCUACUGCUACUUCACCCUGCUGCAUACAGACCCUAACCUCCUCCUGCCGGUGGGCCUUGGCUUGGGCUCCUGUUUGCUGCUCUUCCUCGUCUGUGUCUACGUGUACCGCGUCUUCAAAGUAGACUUGGUUCUGUGGACCAGGGAGACCUUCUCAGGACUGUACUCCAGCACAGCCUCAGAUGGGAAGCUGUACGAUGCGUAUGUGGCCUACCCUCAGAGCUGCGCGCUGUGUUGGUCAGAUGAGGUGGAGCGAUUCGCCCUCCACACUCUGCCCCAGGUCCUGGAGGAGGGCUGUGGAUAUUCCCUGUUCAUCCCAGAACGCGACUCCCUGCCUGGAGACGCUGCGGUGGACUCGGUGGAGAAGAACCUUCAGGUCAGCCGCCGCAUUAUCUUGCUCUACACCGCCUCCACCUUCAGCAAGAAGUAUUGCAGCAGCAACAACAACAACAGACUGCUAUCCAGACCCAUGAGUGAUCAUACGGACACAAGUAAUGAGGGGUAUACAAGCAAGGGCCAUCUGAACACCAGCAAGGACCAUAUGGAGGGCAGCAAUGACCACCUGGACAGCUGCAAGGACCACCUUCACCUGAAGAUAAUUAAGGACCAUCUCUAUCUGAACAUCAGCAAGGAUCGCCUCCAUCUUAACACCAGCAAGGACCAUCUGGGGGGCAGCCAGGAUAACCUCAACAUGAGUAAGAGCCACCAAAAUAACAGCAUGAACCACCUGAAUACGAGCAAGGAUCAUAUAAACACCAACAAUAACUCCGAAAGCAUAAGUCUGGAACACCUGAACACCAGCAUAACCCACCUGAGUACAGACAAAGAGCAUCUGAACGGCAGAAAGUUCCACAGGAGCUGGAGCCAGGACCCCCACAGAGAACUCGGAUCUCAGUGUGGGGAGGACAUAUGUGGGCAUGUCCGAACACCGCUGGAGUGUGUGAACGCCAUGCACAGGGCUCUGCUGGAGAGAUCUCUGAAGGUGAUCCUGGUGGAACUGGAGGAGCUAGGGGCCUCUGACGUGGAACAGCUCCCAGAGUCAGUGCGUCAUCUCAGACAGACCCAGGGCGCCGUGUGUUGGUGGAAGACCAGGACCAGGAGGACAACCCAUGCUCCCUGGAGGGCAGUGUGCACGCGGAGGACAGGAGACACAAGAGACAUAGAAACACCACUGUCCUCCUGUGUUUCCCCAAAUAGCAGGUUCUGGAAGGAGGUGCGCUAUAGGAUGCCUGUCUGACGAUAUAGAUUUAACAUUGUGUGAAGGUAAUACCCAUGUUAUUUUACUUGUAAGACCAAUUCGGUGUUUAAGAGUGGACCAAAGCCGAUGGGACAAUCUUCUGUUAUAGGAAGGAAAACUGAAAACUUAACUCUCUCAUCAUGAAGAUCCUGGGCUUGAUGCCUGGUGUAAGGUCUUUUUGUAUGGAAUGUACAUGCUCUUUGUCUCUUUGUCUCGCUUAGACAUGGACAAUAUAUCAGUGCUUAUCAGUACUGUUGAUAUUGCAGGGUUUUUUCUUAUUGAUUCAAUAAUUGUGUGACAAAGUUAUCCCUUUAAUACCACCAUAAUUUUGUUUAUUCGCAUAUUUGAUCAUUUUCAAUAAUCACGCAAUAUACAACUAAACAGAACUAUCCCGGGUUUGUUUUGUUUAGUUUUUCAGUUAGUUUACCUUUAAUUUAAUCACCACACACCUGUUUAAAGAUAUUUUAUUUGGUUAAAUGUAGUCAAUUCAGUUACAAUACGUCCAUCUACUCUUACCUGAAUCUCCACAUGGUCCAGACAAAGAGGGGGCGUGCCCUAUGGUGGCCAUUUUUAAAGGUUCGGGAGUGUCCGCGGGCUGGACCACGUGAAGGGGAGGACUGAGUUAAGUUAAUUUUCUUUUUGUUUUAAUGUCUUUUUGUAUUUUGUAAUGUAUAAAUGUUUAUAGUUUUAUUUUAAACACUUUUUGAGUUAAAAAGGCCCUAAGAAGUAAAGCAGUGUAGUAUGAGAUCCUGCUAAAGUUGUACCUAUUGUACCUGAGAAGUAAAUGGUGUUUACCUGGGGGAGGUGCUUCUGGGUAUAAAAGCUGGGCAAGUCAGUCUUUCGGGGAGACCAUCAGUGUAGCCAGGUACACCUUGGGUGUUUCUGCAGUUUCUUAAUUUCUGUUGCUUUUUGCUUAUGUUGAGCACAGUUAUUUUUUUGUAAAUAUGUAUUAUUUUUUUUCUAUGCGUUACCACGCAAAUUAAAUUAAUUUUGAUAACUGCGGAAUUUUUCUGACUCUGCCUCCUACUUUGACCACAUCGGGCCAGCUUCCCCACAAAUUGGUUAACUUAAUACUGUACUUCAAUUUGUGGUAUUUGCUAUGAAUUUUAAAAUCUUGAAAUCAAUAUUUGUAUGUGCAAAUACCAAUCAUCAGUCACAGCAACAAGUGAAAUAUUAGAUACCUUAUUGGAGCACCCAUUAGAGUCUAGAUGGGUUUUCUUUUCUUUCAUAACCUAAUGCAAGUCUGUGGGUCUGUGGAAAGAAUUGUUCUUUAUUUCUUUCUUGAAAGCUUAUCAACGCAAACUGAAAUUAUACUUACUAUAUCAGAGGUGCAAAUAUGAAUGACAGACCCUGUGACCAUAUAUUUUAAAUUAACUAAAAGGUGCACUGGGUUAUUUAUUUCAUUAUGGGUAUUUUUAUGGAUUGUUACUGGGAGUAGUCUGGCCUCUCCACAGAUCAGACCUGUGUCUCAUGGCACAACCCCCUUGCCUUCGUUUAUAUUGUGCAACAUUCCAGGCAUAACAUUUCAUCUCCAUGAAUUAAGUUAAAGACUCUGUUCCUGAUUUACAGUGUCUUAAAAAAGUGAAAAACAGACCUAGUUCAUUUUAAACCAGGCAUGUCCAAACUAUGGCUCAGGGCCCAAAUGUGGCCCACAGACAAAUGUUUAUGGUCCCCAGGCUUCCAGGUAAAUGCUUCCAGGUAAAUAGGCUUAUAUUACCAUAUAAGCAGUGCUUUCUACUGCAAGUUUUGGAAAAUCUACCCUGAUAAAGUCAUAAUAAAAAUUUGAUAAAGUAUGUAGUGUGUCAAGUGUUGAAGAUCUAAGCAUAAAAAUGUUUGUUUGCUCAGUCUAACCUGUUAUAAAUGCCUAAAGGCCUUCUAACUAUGUUUAGUUAAUAAAAAUUAAGAAAUAAAUUGU